AUGGAAGAGGAGGCUCGGGGUCUUGUGCUGGAUUUAGGCGUUCCGCACACCCCAGACGAGGAGAUGCCUGAUCCGAGUUUGGACCGAGAUUGGGUAUCUGAUCGACGAUCACCUCCGCCGGGGUCAUCGCCGCCACCAUUGGCAUCAUCUCCGCCGAGAGUAUCGUCCCCGCCAUUGGCAUCACCUCCGUCAAGGGCACCACCGCCGCUAGUGGCAUCACCUCCGCCAGGGCCAUCGCCGCCGCCAUUGGCAUCACCUCAGUGCAGACACCUCCCCCAUGUGUCUCCGGCGGAGGAGGUCGACGCGCUACGACGAGAUUUGACGGAGAGGGUUGAUGAUCUGGGACGAGAGUUGAUAGGAAGGGUCGACGAUCUGGCAGGGAGGGUUGACUAUAUGACAGGGAGGGAUACAGUAGCGGCGCUUAGAGGAGAUUUAGCCGGCAGACGAUGGGGGGGACAGAGGGGAUGGUGGAGAUCAUGA